GUGACACUUCUCUGAAUUUUUCGCGGGAACUUGCAACAACAUCGAUAGGCACUGUUGCUGCGGAGAUAACGUUACACGUAAAACGAUAAAAGUAAGGUUACAAUGGACCCUUCUGAGGUCGAAUUCCUUGCCGAGAAGGAGGUGGUGAAGAUUAUCCCCAAUUUCAGUCUUGACAAAAUCUACUUGAUCGGGGGCGAUCUUGGUCCUUUUAACCCAGGGCUACCUGUCGACGUGCCUGUGUGGCUGGCCCUCAAUCUGAAACAGAGGCAGAAAUGCAGGAUAGUGCCGCCAGAGUGGAUGGAUGUAGAGAAACUGGAGGAGAUAAGAGAGCUAGAGAGAAAGGAAGACACAUUCACCCCUGUCCCCAGUCCAUACUACAUGGAGCUGACCAAGCUGAUACUCAACCAUGCAUCUGAUAACAUUCCCAAAGCGGAUGAGAUCCGCACGCUGGUGAAGGACAUCUGGGACACGCGCAUCGCCAAGCUCCGCCUCUCCGCUGACAGCUUCAUCAGCCAGCAGGAAGCACACGCCAAGCUGGACAACCUGACUCUGAUGGAGAUUAACACGACACGGUCGUUCCUGCUGGACUCUCUCAACUGCAUGUAUAAACUGCGCUCCAACCUGCAGCCCGGCUCCAGUGUGGGCAAAGCCCAGGACCACUGAUCUGUAUUUACGGACUAGACCUGGAACUGGACCUGAGCCUCAGCCUCUCCUCUACUCCGCAAGAUGGAACAGAUUUAGGCCCAGCUUUACAUAGUGUUUACACCAGGUGUAAAGUUUACACCUGUUCUCUUCCCAGAGAGAAUUAUCAUAGAAAGUAGAGCAAAUAGCUAAGAUGAACAUAUUGAGGGUGUAAAUAAAGACUGUUCCGUAUUGUAGCUUUGUGGACUUUAUCCCCUUCUGACAAAACAGGUGCAAAUGCUUAGUAAGUCUUGUCCUAGUGAAGUCGGAGCUGACCAGCAGUUCUCAUGUCGGAGCACUCAUCUGAAGUUGUAAUGCGCCGACUAUCUGGUGGUGUUGUUAUGUCAUUGGUUUUGUUUCUAGUUGAAGCUUCAGACAAAAGCAAUCAUCAGCAGACCAGUAGUCCUCAUCAACAGGCCAUGGGCUCCCUGGAGGAAACACCCUGCUUUGGUCUGGCUGUUCCAUAUCUUUGUUUGUGUUAUGUAUGUAUGGUUGGACUUCUCUCAUAUUGACGCAUUGAAAAAUUCUGGAAUAAUGCCUUACAUUACAUUUGUACAAAUGUAAUGCAUGCUAAAUGGAGGUAGCACUGAUGGUUAAGAGAUACCUUUUGUAAUGUUUCUAGCCAUGUAUGAAUUCUGUAACCCACUUCGGUAAGUCUAGUUUGAGGGAGAGGAACAACAUAAUGUUAUGGAUGAAGGGUGCUAGUGCUACAUUGUGAAAUCAAAGAAGCGAAGUUAUAACAUGUAAUGUUUCAUGUCUCAUUAAAAAAAUGUGUAUGUUU